AUGAUCUUAGAAUAUGGAUUGAAUACGGAGCAAGCUUGUGCAUUUAGUUUGAUAGCGGGUCAUUCCUUGACACAGAAUGGCAAACCACUUAGAAUGUAUUUAGGUGGACCUGGAGGAACUGGGAAGUCGUGUGUCAUCACUGCUGUUACGGAGUUUUUCAAUCGGCAUGGGCAGAACAAGUGUUUGCGAUUGACUUCAUUCAUGGGAGUUGCUGCUCGUAAUAUCGCCGGCAUGACAUUGCACUCUGCGUUAAAUUUGAAUCAACGCAGA